AUGUCACAGUACGGAUUCGUCAAAGUUGACAGAGAAGUUGAGAAGGUCCUAAGAGAGCCCAAGGCUCCAACAGCUCAGUCUGUCGUUCCUGUUCCAUCUGGAAAGCUGGCUCAAUUCUUCUUAGACUAUGCCACCAAGGAGCUGCCAAUAGGUACCUUAAACCAUUCAUUGCGUAUCUUCCAGUACGGUGUUGCCAUAAUCAAGGACCAAUUCCCGGCGUGGGAUCUUGAUGAAGAAGUUAUCUUUGUCACGGCGUUGCUGCAUGAUAUAGGUACCAGCGACAAAAAUCUAGAAGGCACUAAACUGUCUUUUGAGUAUUAUGGUGCAUUCCUCUCCAGAGAGUUAAUCCUGAGGGAAACCGGUGGUGACGCCGACUAUGCGGACGCCGUGGCAGAAGCCAUUAUUCGCCAUCAGGAAUUGACUACAACCGGUUACAUCACGUCUCUCGGUCUCAUCUUGCAAAUCGUCACCACUUUGGAUAACGUGGGCGCCAACACAAAUUUGAUUCAUCAAGAUACUUUGUAUGCAGUCAAUGAAAAGUACCAGAGAUUUGGCUGGGCAACAUGCUUUUCCACUGUUUUGACCAAGGAGGCUGAUCUAAAACCAUGGUGUCACUCCACGACACUUGAUAUCGAAGUCUUCCGUGAGAAGGUCUUGAACAACCAAGUAACUUACGAGAAGAAGUAA